AUGACUGAGCCCCCUACGCAUCACACAGAGUCGCUGGGGAGCACGGUGGGCGUGCUGUUCAAUGGCGCGGUGAUUCUGCCAGACUCGGCGCAGUUCAGCCUGGGGUCGCUCCUGGCAGGUGUGUUUGACGAGAGCAUCCUGCCCCUGGCCCAUCUGGAGGGCACGCUGACCCGCAUGCUCACCUGCCUGCCCCGGCCUGAAGUGGCAGCAGCCCGGAAACAAGCCGUGCUGACCGUGCUGAGCUGCAUGGCCAGCUCAGGGCGAGUCAUGCAGGCCCUGGACUCGAUGCACGCCGCCGCCCGCCUGCUGCACUUUGGCCACGCCACGCUCGACCCCCGCCUGCGCGCCCGCGCGCUCUCCUUGGUCAAGGUGCUCAACCACAGCGCCUAG